UCCUCCCUCCCCCCGCCACCCCCAGCCCAGUGACAGUCAGUGCCCCUGCCUCCCUGGCCACCAAGACGUUGGAGAGCCAGUGGGCUAUGUCCAGUGGGAACACAGGAGCUGCAAGCACGGAGCCACCUGGAACCAGGAGGGACUAUGUUUGACCAAGGCUCAGUGGAAUGACCACUGUGCCCAUGAGGUGUGUGCCACACCAGGAGAUGCCCAUGGACAUGACCCAAGCCUGGGGCUCUGCCUGUGCUGGAGACAACAGUCAAGCGGAAUGUGCAGCCCUCUAUGCCCAGAGAGACAGAGACACAUCUUGCAGCUCAGCUGCACUGAUGGCAUCCCACAGAUUUCUGUCACUGAAGGCAUGGGGAGCCAGCCUUCCCCACCACGUGCUGUGGGCCAUCCCUGCAACUUGGACCUAGGGCAGAAGUCUGUCCCCCUCUAUGUGAUCAAGAUGGAUGGAAAGUCUAGGGAAGGACAUCUGGCCUCUUCUUGGUCAUUGAGCCUCAACUCCACACAUCUUGAGGAUCUGCUGCCCCCAGAGCCAGGCAUCCGAAACCCCACAGUCUGCCUCCGAGCCAAUGAUACCCUGGCCUUCCUGGUGACUCAUGAGCAUUACCCAGAGUAUGACCUUGGUCAUUUCUAUAACACACUGGAGCAAUUUGACUGGGGGCGCUUCCGGGCCCCGGCUGAGGAGUCCCAGCUCUAUGAACACAGCCUCAGCCUCUUCCUGCAGCAGUUCCAGCACCCGGGCAUUUACGUCUUUCGUCUGAGCAGCAACCGACAUCGGAAGAUGUAUGUCCGCGCCCUCCCGCCAGGGGGCCAGUGCUUCGGGGAAGGGCCCUUUGCCUCCACGACUCCCAGGUAUCUCAUCCAGACUGGCAUCGCCAGGAUCCCCCGGCCCCUGAAGAGGUCUGGCUGGCUAGGACUCCUGGGGGAGAUUGUGCUGCUGCUGGGGCUUUGCCUGUUUCUAAUGCUCAAACUCCUCUACCUUAAACUUCUGCGUGAAGCCCGUUCUCUGCAGCAGCUGUGGGGAGCAAGGCGCAGCCUCCCAGCCUCCACUAACCGGCUUCUGGGGAGCGUGCGGAGGGAGCAGCAGCAGGCUGCUGAGGCAGCUAUCAGGGCCGCAGAGGAGGAGGCCAGCCGGAGGAGGCACAUGGCAGGCGAGUACGCAGCCAACCUUCGUCACCAACUCAAGCUCCUUCACCAAGACCUCCUCGAGAGGCAGGAACAGUGGGCCUCUUUCUGCUCAGCGCUGAUGGAGGCUCAGCAGCUGCUGAAAGCACGGACGGGCUCCAGGGCAGUUCCCCAGCUGGACACCGUGCUGGGCCACCUGUCCCAGGUCGUGCUGCAGGAGGGCCACCGCCUGAAGGCCUGGGGCAUUCUGGGCACCGGCACUGGGGCGGAGCUACUGUGGCCAGCCCCAGCAGGCCCUCCUGGUGCUGAUGACAUCAGUGUGAAUCCCGUCACCAAGUUGAUGGUCCCUGGCCCCAACUGCUUGAUGCUUCCAGCCAGCGGCCACGCAGGCUCCAUACCCUCUGGCUACUUCAUCCACCCCGACACUGGGCGGGUGCUGCCCGAGGCUGGACACCUGGGAUAUGAUCUGCUGUGAGCUACCCUGGUGCCCACUACAGACUCCAAUGCUGGUGGCAUCCAAACAUCAGAAGCUGCCAUCCUGCCCUAUGUGCCCUACCCAAUCAGUCCCACCACAGGUUCCCCUCCAGCCACGCACCUGCCC